CAACAGCAGAUGACGCUUUGACAGCGUUUUGACUGAGACAUUUCGGCGACAUGGACACGCAGUCCUAUCUUCCAGUUCCACCGGGGAUAUCCAUGCAGGAGAACUUCCUGUCCCUGGACGAUAUUCUGCUGUCUCACGACAGGCUGCCGUCCCGCACGCAGUGCCGCUUCCCGCGACUCGGGUUCCUGGACAAGUCGAGCGACUCGCCCGACAUCCCGGAGGGGACAAAGAUGGAGCUGCCCCUGUGGCUGUCCAAGGGUUUGUACGAGCGGAAGAGGCGAGUGCUGUCCGUGGAGCUGCCGAAGAUCUACAGGGAGGGCUGGAGGACAGUGUUCAAUGCUGACCCCAACGUGGUGGACCUGCAUAAAAUGGGGCCCUACUACUACGGCCUGGGGUCUCAGAUGCUGCACUUUGAAAGCCCAGAGAACCCAGACAUUGCACAGACGCUGCUGCAGACGUUUAUCGGUCGGUUCAGGAGAACCAUGGACUCGUCUCUGAACGCCUACAACGAGGACACGUCUGCACUGGUGGAACGGCUGGACUCUCUGGAGAAGGCUCUGUUCAGGUCCGGUCAGAGCUGCCUCAACGGCUUCCAGAGCUGGGAGAAGGGGCAGACGUCCCAACUCACCACCUCCAGUCUGGUCCUCAACUAUCGCAAGAGGAAGAUCAGUGACAUCCCUCAGUGAUGGCUGCGGCAGGACAGGACUUUUACAGACUGGUGUGUUGAUUUUAUGUCUAUG